AUGAGGAGGUGUAUUUCAAGUUUCCCAUCCAAUCAGCCUGUCGUAACUAAGACCGUCCCUCGAGCCGCAGAGCAUACCUGGCCACAACUUCCGCCAGAGCUGACGGACAGCAUCAUUGACUUUCUCGCCAACGAUGCAGCCUCGCUGAAAGCGUGCGGACUCGCCGGCCGGAUAUUUUUACCCUCAAGCCGGAAACAUCUCUUCAGGCGUGUCGUCUUACGUCCAUCAACAUCCAAAGCCACGCCCUCUGGCAAGCUCGUGGGUUUUCUUUUAUCCGCUCCGCACCUCCUGCCGUAUGUUACCUCGCUGCGCCUCGUCGAGGGCGACUUCCAGCUGGAUGGAAAGGGGAGACAUGUGGGAUGGAUGGCACGCGACCACCGACUUGCAACGUUGCUCGCGCGGCUCCCCACUAUCAGGGGGCUCUCGUUGGAAUCAACCUUCAGGCCGCUGGAGUGGAAUAAUCUCCCAAAGGGUCUGAAGGUCUCUAUCCGAGGCAUUCUCAAGAGCAUCCAACUUACCGACUUGGCGCUCAUGAGUGUGGCGCAUUUUCCAGCGCGACUACUUCUGGCGGCCCACAACCUGAAACGGCUCGAAGCCAAAGGCAUUAUUCUGGAGAGUAUUUCACUGGACGACUCGGGCACCAUGUUGUUUGACAUUGAGCCUUGUCUUGCAGCCGUCGACUCCUCGUGCUUGCGUCGGAUUUCAAUCACGACACGCGGAGGUGCGAGUCGAUAUUCCAGGGAUAUUUCCUUGAUGUCUCAGCUUCUUGAGCGUUCGCGCCAUUCUCUGUGCGAGCUCGAACUGUUACCUUCCCUGACGUUCGUGAGGAUGAGGGAUGUAGUACACCAUCCCCUGGUUCUUGGAGCUAUGCCGAACUUGAAAUCCCUAAAACUUGGAGUCGAAAUAUCCGACUUCGACACGGCGAGCACCAAUCCUUCCUUCCUCUGGGUGUCGACUGUCCUCAAUAAUAUUCCUCCUGCGAACGCCCUAGAAGAAAUCACUUUGAAAUGCGAAAUCAUCUUCGGGAACGGUCUUAGACAACUAGACCGAGCCAUUUGGAAGAUGUUGGACUGGUGCCUCACACGCGAAGCGCUGGGAAAUCUACGGAGGGUCAAGCUUCUUGUUCACACCGUCCAUAAUUCCGAAGAUCUGGCGCAUAAGUUUGGGUCGAUCUCUUCAUUCUUGGAGCAUCAGCUUGUCAGUCUUCGAAGAAGGGGUGUUUUGUGUAUCGAGGAGGUUUAUGAUUUGUCUACGCAUACAUCCAAGGGCCAUAGUAUAAGCGCAUAG